AUGGCGAGGCCUCAAAAUCAUCGCCGCAGUAAUUGGACAGAAAGAGACGAUAAUGAUGAUUAUCUGUUUCAGCGAUUUCUAGAAGAAUCGGAAACGAGGCAUAGUAGAGAGCCUUCACCUGUAACCGAGCAAUCUCAGCAAGAACUACAGCAGGAUGUACAGCAAGCAAUCGAUGGAAUAUUUAACUCCCUUAGGAGGAAUAUGAGUUCUACUUCAAAUAUAAAUAGAGCAGCUAAUAUGGAUGCAACCACAAACGGAAAUGGAGGAAUCAAUGCAGACACUAUAAGAGCCACCAACGCCAAUACGGCCGAUUCCCCAUUCACAGCAAGGCAGCAGAGCCCUCUCAGAACUUUUCUUAGAAAUUUAUUCAUUUUAGAUUACUUUAUUGGGCUAAUUUUAUUCCCAUUUUCCGUAUACAACAUAUUAAGGAGCGGGUUCAAUUCAAUGACCUUUUCAGAGAAUGAUUUUAUAAUCGAAAUCGUGGGAUACUGGAAAUUUGCCAAGAUAUUUGGUUCUGGUGGCACGACAUUAAUAGCAUAUAAGGAUACUGGUAAAUUAGGGUUGCUUGGAAAGUUUCAUAACAUCAUUGUAUUUUACUCUUCACCUGUGAUAAAACAUAUUAUGAAAAGUAGAGAUGGCAAUGAACCCAACUUAAAUUGGAUAAGACUAAUGUUCGCUAAAGCUUUCGAGCUAUUUGUCAAAGUCUCUACCAUUCUGAUCUAUUUAGCUUAUGGCGUAAGUGGUACCGUUUACAUGGUUACCGCUGGGUUUUUCUUCGUAUUGUGUCUAUUAUUCACUGUUAUUAGAAGAUAUAAAGGUGUCCAUCGAAUGUUGGUGAGCCAAAGGAUUACAGGGCCAGGCGUAUUCUGA